AUGGAGGAACAAAAGCAUACGAGUUUCACUUUUGAGAUAAAUAACUUCUCCGACAAGGAAGGUUUUAUAACAUCACCAAAAUUCUCAAGCGGCGGCUGCGAAUGGUAUGUUGGGGUUUAUCCCAAAGGAUAUAAUGUUGAUGAUCACUUGUCUCUCUACCUCCAUGUUGCGAAUCCUGGAACAUUGAGACUUGGAUGGAAAAGACGAGCUAAUUAUUCCUUCCUUCUGUUGAAUCAAUCAUCAGGCAAAGAGCUCUACAGAACACCUGAAUCUCCUUGCCAAUUGUUCUGCGCUCAGUUCUCAUCAUGGGGUAGGCCAAAAGCCGUAUCUCUUAAAAAGCUUCAAGAGAAAGGGUGUUUGGAGAAGAACAAACUGAUAGUUAAAGUGGAGAUAAAAGUUGUUUCAGUGGAUAGGCUUUUCAGAGACCACCCGAACAUUGCAGUGAAUGUCCGACCAAAGAACCAAUUGGUAAAGACAACAUACAUGAAUCUCCUCCUCGCUCUUAUUGAUACGCUGAACAAGCCUCCACAUAGCAUCACCGACACUGAGCUUAGCAACGCUCAGAGCGAGUUGAUGGAGCUAACAGAUGCAGCGGGAUUCAAGCUAGACUGGUUGAAGACAAAGCUUCAUGAGAUUUCCUUGGAGCGCAAGAAAGCAAAUGCUGAUGGUUCUCGAGCCCGAGAACUCGAGGAACAAAUCCAGAAUCUCAAAGCUGAACUGAAAGAGGAGAAGCUCGAAUCCCAUACUUGUUCUGCUAAGGUUUUGUCGUUGGAGCAGACAGUGUCGGAACUUAAAGAUGAGCUGAACAAGGAGAAGGGCAAAUCAGAUAGUUAUGCUGAUAAGCUUGUGUCGUUGGAGCAGACAGUGUCGGAUCUUAAAUAUGAGCUGAACAAGGAGAAGGGCAAAUCAGAUACUUAUGCUGCUAAAGUUGUGUCAUUGGAGCAGACCUUAUCGGAUCUCAGUUCUAACCAAAACAAGAAGCGGAAAGUAACCCGUCAAGAAUUUUCCCGAGCAUUUGGUUAUUUUAGUUCUUAG